CAGGAAGUGGAUUUAUUGCGACAGUCAGGAACGGAAGUUUGCCUUCUGUUUAUCUCUGCUCCUCGGCUCCGUGAGACCGACUGUCCUGCUGACACCGACCCGACCAUGAGCUCCGCUCUGUGGCCUACUCUCCUCCUCCUCGGCCUCUCCUGGGCCGGCCUCGGCUCCUCCUCCUGUCGGGUCCAGAUCCCUCCUCACGACCAGGUGGCCCGGGUGGCCCGCUUCAUUGCCCACCAGUGUGACUGGGCCUCCAUGGCCACGAUCUCCAGCCACAAACCGGUGAAGGGUCAGCCGUUCUCCAACGUCUUCUCGGUGAGCGACGGGCCCCACGGAACCAGCUCAGGGGUCCCGUACAUGUACCUGACUCACAUGGAGGUGUCGGUCCAGGACCUGCAGGUGAACCCCCAGGCGUCUCUCUCCAUGUCUCUGGCCCAGACCGAUUACUGCAAGCAGCAGGGCUUUGAUCCUCAGAGUCCGCUCUGCGCUCACAUCAUCCUGUCUGGAUCCGUCGUCGAGGUGAAUGGGACGGAGGCUGACUUCGCAAAGAAAGCUCUGUUCAGCCGACACCCGGAGAUGAUCGACUGGCCCACGGACCACAACUGGUUCUUUGCCAAGUUCAACAUCACUCAGGUGUGGGUGCUGGAUUACUUCGGAGGGGUGAAGACCGUCUCUCCUGAGGAAUAUUUUCAGGCGGCGCCCCACAGGAAGCACCACUGACGGAAUCAACCUUUGACCCGGAGUGAUGAUGAUGAUGAUGAUGAAGGCGUCCUCAGCCAAUCCUCUUUCUCUCUUCCUCUUAAAACUCUUCCACUUCAGCUUCCUCUGAUCAAUUAAUUAAUCAAUCAGAGUUAAUAAAAUGACUGCCGAAUCA